AGUGCGGUCCUGCGAUACCUGCCAUCAAAACUCAGUUCGCAAUGUUAUUACCACAUAAAACGCGGCUUCAACUGCAGUCCGCACAUGCAGGUCCCCACCACGCUCAAAGUCGUAAAUUCGUCCCGCCGUGUCUACCCCGUCUGGCCGCUGCAUUUUCAAUGCAAUUCUCUUACUACGUCCUGCCUUCGCUGACGGACUGCCAGUUUAGUUGAUUUUCGCGAGAACCUGCCAAGUUCUCCAUUUCCAUUAACCAAUCGGUUGCGGUCCGGUCCGAUCCGUCGUGGUUCCGCGCGAAACUCUUCGUCUUGUCCUUUUAGCGCAACAGCGUCCGUCCUGCUGUUCGCCCAGUGCGUCACUUACAUGCCUUCUGGUUCCUAGUUCUAGUGCUGAUUGUUCACAGUUCCGGGUGGAAUGGCGCCAGACUGUCCAGACUACGUUACGAAAAUGGACAUCAGCUCCAAGGCGUCCAGUUCCGCAUCGAGCACGUCUUCCGCACCGCGAACGCCGCCAAAUUGCGCGCGAUGCCGCAACCACCGCAAAAAAAUCACCCUCAAGGGCCACAAGCGGUACUGCAUGUACCGCAACUGCAAAUGCCAAAAGUGCCAAUUGACCUCCGAACGGCAACGCGUGAUGGCAAUGCAGACGGCCCUGCGGAGGGCUCAGGCUCAGGAUGAGGCCCUGCUGAAGAACGGCACUAUUGACAUCAACAUGCUGUCGACGCCGCAAAAGACCGAAAGCCCCAUUCAUAACAUUGACCGAGCCAAUUUGGACUGUGAUUCUUCGGCUUCGUCCCAGUACUCGAAUCCGCCGGUUGCCAUCAGCAGAAAGUCGGAAAUGUCUCCAGUUCUUGCGGUUCCUGCUACCAGCACGUCCAUGCCUGUUGGAGUGGCCAACGAAGUGCUUUCCUACGACUACAAAGGCAAGUUUUUAUCUCUUUUAUUGCCAUUGCGUAAGUCUUCGAAUGUUGUUGAACCAGCAAGCCGGCGUUUGUUUACGUUGGCACGGCCUGCGGUGUUUGCAGCAGGUUCUAAUGAAGACUUGCCAUUAUGUGUCUUUUAACGUCGAGAUGCACUUUAGUCGGCGUGAAAAUGUGUCUCUUUCACCUAAUCAUCGUUAAUUGACUCAUUUUCCAUGUGCGCACUAUUACUCAAUUCUAGGCGUGUGUCACACU